AUGUCCUACCAGACGAACCCCCAAACAUACGUCUACGGCGUGUCUUCGCCCUUCAAGAAGCGAUACCUGCUCCCCUUCUGGGUGAUCCGCGUGGCCACCAUGCUCGGCAACUUCAUCGUCUACGCCUUCGCCCUAGGCUUCAUCGGCCAGAACCGCAGCGAGAUCGACCGCGUGAGCGACGAGUUCAACACCCUCCUCGACGUCGACGGCAUCAUCGCCGUCAUCGCCGUCUCCUUCGUCCUCAUCACCCUCACCCUGGGCAUCGACGUCGUGACCAUCGUGCAGCGCUGCCGCCGCACCCUGACUCCCAAGUUCUUUGUCAUCGCCAACUCCGCCCAGACCGCUGCCUGGGUCGUGCUCUUGGUGCUGUCUCUCUUUGGCGCCAACACGGGCUCCAUGAUCGUUCUCGGUGCCAUUACCUUGGGCGCCUUCAUCGCUCUCCUCGGCUACUCCGCCAUCAUCUUCAGCCGCGAGCGCAGGGGCAAGAUCGUCAUGCUCAAGGCCGGCUCCCUCCCGCCCCAGCACCAUAAUAAUAACAGCCCCCCCUCCGAAAUCAACUACUCCGGCGCCCCCGCUGCCGCCGGUCCCAGCGCCUACCAGUCCUACCCGAACCCUCCCGUCUACACUGCCAACCCGGCCUUUGCCAACGUCAACUCCGACCGCAAGGACAGCAUCGAGUCGGACCAGACCAGGGAGCCUGAGCCUCCUCGCUACAACUAG